AUGGUUAAGUGCCCGUGGUGUCGCGCGAUAUUUCGUACGACAAUUAAACUGGCGGGCAACCUGGCGAGAUCCCCCGUGGUGGUGGGUGGAAGUGGACCUGGAGGAGAACGACCUGGACCCGGCGCGGGUUCUGGAUCCGGUAACCACACCAGCAAUAGCAGUAAUAACAACAACAACAACAACAGCAAUAAUCACAACGGUGGAGCUGGAGGAGGUACUACUACUGGAGUAGAUGGUCCACAGGCACGGGCGAUCCAUGAUUGGGAGGAGGCAUUGGCUGAGGCAGAUGGCUACUCCUUCGACGACUCAGAUCGCUUCGAAGAAGACUCGCUCUGCAGCUGGAGCAGCGAAGCCGAGUCUCUCAUCAACCACUGGCGUGGAUGGAGGCGACUGCCCGCAGGCUUUGGCAUCUCUAAAAAAUCCGAAGAUAAACAACAAGUACCGACCUUAUGCGAACUCUCGGCGAGAUGUGUCGCGUCUCAUAUACCCUUCGAGCUGGUCGAGCACGUCUAUCCACCAGUUCCCGAGCAACUUCAGCUUCGAAUAGCUUUCUGGAGUUUUCCGGACAAUGAGGAGGACAUCAGACUCUACUCUUGCUUAGCUAAUGGCAGCGCUGAUGAAUUUCAACGAGGCGAAAAUUUAUUCCGUACGAGAAGUGUCAAAGAUAUCUUACAGAUAGGGUUUCAUCUGAGUGCCACUAUAAAUACUCAAAUAUGUUCAGGAACAGUAGCCAGCAAAGAACCCUUCAAAGUAUCUGUAACAUUCGACCGCCGAAGGAUAACAUCCUGCAACUGUACUUGUACUUCCGCCGCUUACUGGUGUUCUCACGUAGUUGCAGUAUGUCUCUACAGAAUCCACUUAUCCUCUCAAGUAUGUCUCCGUGCGCCGGUAAGCGAGUCACUGUCACGGUUACACCGCGACCAACUCCAGAAGUUCGCUCAAUAUCUGAUAAGCGAAUUGCCGCAGCAGAUAUUGCCCACAGCCCAGCGUCUGCUAGACGAGCUGCUCUCGACUCAGCCGAGCGCGAUAAACAUUUAUUGCGGCGCUCCAGAUCCAACCGCUGGAGCUUCCGCACACGAUCAGACGACUUGGUACUUGGAUGAGAAGACACUGCACGGAAAUAUUAAGAAAAUUCUUAUUAAAUUUUGCGUCCCCGCGCCUAUAGUCUUCAGCGAUGUCAACUACUUGAGCACGACUGCUCCACCCGCGGCAACAGAAUGGACUUCUCUGCUGCGUCCACUGAGGGGUCGCGAGCCCGAGGGUAUGUGGAAUCUGCUCUCGAUAGUUCGCGAGAUGUUCAAGCGCACAGAUCGCAACGCGAUCCCACUGCUGGAGAUCAUUACCGAGGAGUGCAUGGCAUGCGAGCAGUUCCUCGUCUGGUGGUUCAACACCAAGAUCGCGUUGCUGAAUGGGACUGGACAUGGAGGCGGCAAGCACGGCAGCAUGAACAGCAAUGCUCAUGCAUCUCAACACGCGUGUUCCUCUCUCUGUGAUGAGAUAGUCGUACUCUGGCGAUUAGCGGCUUUGAAUCCAGGUCUGUCGCCCUCUGAACGCGAGAUGCUGCACGGGCAGUUCACAGCUUGGCACAUGAAAGUAAUUGACAAAGUGACCAAGAGCCGUGGCUCGGUGUCUCAUAAUACCCAGAACCGCAAUCACGGCGGCCCUCAGAAAGACUCACUCAAAACUGACAUCGAGGUUUUCACGGGAUUUAAACCCGCACUCGAGGCUUGUUAUCUCGACUGGGAUGAGUACACUUUACCGGGUAUAACUUACACAGCUGGCAGUAAUCCAAUGUACCACUGUCCGUUUACUUGUUUUCGUCAUGCUGGCGAUUCCAGAACUGAAGUUAAUCAAGUUAAUUCAAGCGCCGCGGUAUUAAAUUGCCAACCACCAAAUUCUCAUCAUCACAGUAGGCGUUCUCACUGUGUGGGUCUUGUUGAUUUCAGUUAUAUGGAUCGUAAACGACUAAAUUCACGUGAUUUUCCUGGUUUCUGUUCACGUAACAAUGCCGGUAAUAAUGCUGGUAAUGAUGGUAAUAGGAGUAGCGUCAGCUCGGAGGGUUUCUGUGAGAAUGACGCAGACAUAUCUAAUAUCCCGUCGUUCCCGUUGUCAUCUCAGGUUGAUUUGGUUCGCCGUGAGUAUGGAGAGUUGAAUAAUUGCGGCGACACGGAUUCGCAAGAGGGUGGCGGCAGCGAGUCAUCGUCUAACAGCAACGUCAGUUUGAAGAACGCUCAAGGCUCGGACAAGCACCGCUCAAAUGCUUCGUCCGAAACCCACAGUGAUAGUAGUGAUAGUUGUAACAAUAAAGUCGCCAAUGAUCCCAAGUGCAGCACAUUGUGUCGCGCCGCAACUAGCGCCAGUACUUCAACAGCAUCAGCAGCUCCUAAUAAAAUACCACCUGUUAAUAAUAAUAAAAGAGACACUGCUGAGUGUAGUCUAGCUAAAGACCCAUUGCGACGACCGUCCAAGGAUGAAAGUUCGUCAUCCAGCAGUGACAGCCCCUCUGGAGAUGAGUACAAUUUUUACUACUACGAUUCAAAGGCCAUGGCGAAUAUGAGCGCGACUGAAGUCAAGGAUGCCAAGAACGAUGGCCCAGGUGGCGCCAGUGCAAGCGCCGUUUUAGGAAACCUCAGGAAAACCGAAGAUCCCUGGGAUAUUUUGUUCGCACGAGCGGAAGGUCUGUAUGCUCAUGGACACACACGGGAGGCGUGUAUUCUCAGUGUUAAAUUGGCCGAAGAAUUGCUGUCGCAUCCGCCGGAUUUGAUGAUAGAAGUGCCGCCGGUGCUUAUCAAAGGCAAACGAAAAAAACAGCCGGUAAAUCCGGCGUCCCAUCAGCUGACUUGUUUAGCCUCGGCAACCCUGGCAAAGUGUGCGUUCCUCUGCACAGUGCUGAUGGAAAAUUUCGAGCACCACAAUCUGGCAUUCAGAGUAGGUCUAUUUGGUUUAGAAAUGGCACGACCACCGGCGAGCACUAAACCGCUGGAAGUUAAAUUAGCACAUCAAGAGAGCGAACUUGUAGGACUGCUAAAGAGGAUUCCAUUGGGCCCAGCUGAACUGGCAAUGCUGCGUCAGCGUGCAGAGCAACUUCGUGACGGUAUUCUGCGGUCACGAGGGCACGCAUUGUUGCCGAUAAUGCUGGCGAGUUUGAUAUUCGAUGCAUUGAAUACAUUGCGAAUGAAAGGCGAGUGGUCGACGCUGACGAAUGAAGAUGAUGAGAAUCUCGGAUUCGACGCGGCGGUUGCUGCGCUCGGUCUCAAAGCCAACGUCAGCGAAGCCGACCAUCCACUCUUGUGUGAGGGCACACGUCGACAGAGGGGCGAUCUUGCGAUAACGCUGUUGCUCCACUACAAAGAUGAACCUACAAAAGUCGCUAAGAUAAUGGACAAACUGCUGGAUCGAGAGAUUCAUCAGCUGAUUAAAACGCCGAUUGUCAGUAGUUACUACAGCUCUAAUCCCCCAACAAAGAGCCAACUGGCUAGUUUCCGUCGUGCUAAAGUGUGCUCGUCACCGCUCACGGGAACGGACGUCAGUGGUAGUGGCGACGGUAUUGCUGGUACCAGCAGCCGGCCACACAGUAGCACAAGCGCUGAAUUGGAGGCUGGUAUGAGUGCGCUCACUGUACAGCCACAGACAUCCCAGCCCCCGGUAUCCACGAGGACCAAGGAAACGAGGUACAAGUGCAAAAAGGUGUACCCAUCAAUCCCCAACCAGCCUUCCGAAGCCGGAGCCCACUUUAUGUGCGAAUUAGCAAAAAUAGUCCUGCUAAAAGCCGGUGGCAGCAGCUCUACAUCAUUGUUCACACAGCCUUCAACAAAUCAAAACCACCAUGGUCCUCAUCGUGCGCUACACAUGUGUGCCUUUCAAAUUGGACUCUAUGCACUUGGACUUCACAACUGCGUCAGUCCCAAUUGGCUCAGUCGUACAUACUCGAGUCACGUAUCUUGGAUCACUGGUCAGGCCAUGGAAAUCGGAGCGCCAGCUAUCUGGUUCCUCAUCGACAGCUGGGAAGGCCACCUCACGCCUCCCGAGGCCGUCAGCAUUGCAGACAAAUCAUCCCGUGGUAGUGAUCCAAACAUGGUUCGCGCUGCCGCUGAAUUGGCAUUGUCUUGUUUACCUCACGCUCAUGCGCUCAAUCCCAAUGAGAUUCAGCGAGCCAUUCUACAGUGUAAAGAACAAAGCGAUCUCAUGCUUGAGAAAGCCUGCAUUAUGGUGGAAAAUACAGCCAAAGGUGGUGGCGUAUAUCCAGAAGUACUUUUCCAAGUUGCAAAGUACUGGUACGAGUUGUAUCUACGUCACACACCCGGUGGUGAGCAGCAAGAUGACAUCCCCCACGAUCAUCUCCAACUGGACCCGAACGGCGCCCUUAUAGUAGAGCCCGGACAAGGUCAACUGGAUUUAAACAUCGGCCAGAUGAUGCCAGGACCGACACAGACGGUCGUAGUCACCAGUACUCAGCCUCCGCCGCAACCUUAUCCACCUCAUCCUACAAUGACGACUCUAGUGCCAGGCGUAGGUCUCCCUUACACUGUCGGCCCUUACAGUUUCGUUCAUCCACAUCAUCCGAUCCCCGCAUUCGGUGGACAAAUGCCUCCACAUCGCGUUGCGUUGCCCCCUGCGCCGCCACACAUGCAGAUGUAUCACGCAGCAAUGCCGCCUCACCAAGUGCACCCUCAGCAUCAACGUCAUCCUCCACCGGUGACUCAGCCGCCGCCUGUACAGCAGUACUACCCGCAGCCAACCGUGACAACAGUGAAUGUACAUCCACUGCCAGGAGGUCAUCACAUGUUUGGAAUGCAGCAGCCGAUGCCGGUUAAUGUACCUCAAGAAGUUGCAGGGUCCAUGCCCGGACACAAUGGAAUGCAGGGACCAGCAAUGGUCCAAGCUCAGCCAAUUAUUUCAACUGUAAGACCUCAGCCACAAGUGCAUCGACAGAGCCAGCCUUUCAGUCCUCAGCAGUUGCGUCCACUUGUUGCUGCCUAUCGAGUUGGUAUGCUUGCACUUGAAACUCUCGCCCGCAGGGUCCAUGACGACAGACCGCAAGCCAAGUACGCGAGGAAUCCGCCCUAUGGCGAGGAUGUUAAAUGGUUAUUGAGAAUUUCAAAACGUCUCGGCACACAGUGCUUCAACCAGCUGUGCAUGUGCACUGUCAACAGUAUUGUCAGUCCAUUUGUACUUCACGAUGUCGCUCUCGAAGCAGCCACUUUUCACUCCCGCAGUAAUCCUGCCAUGUUUUUGCAGCAUUUGAGGUCUGCGCUAUUGGCACCCAUCGUUCAUAAGUGUCAGCAAAUGUACAUUCAAUGUAUGCACCAUAAAUUGUAUCAUUUAAUGUCCGGAGAGUAUGAAGAGUUUGCGAGUAUAGUUUGCGCAGCACGGGCAGCUUUCCAUAUCACACCGGAAGGUCACACGCAGUUCAAGGAGUGGCUUCAAUCUAUGAAAAGAUCUCCCGCAUGCAAUAAAGAAUUAUGGGCGCAGAUAAACGCCGCGUUGCAAAGUAAUAAUAAAUGACACAGAGCGGAGCCAGGCGUGACGUGGCUCACAUCCCAUCUUCAUGCUCCUCCUACAUCACCAGCCCAACAACAACAUCAACAUCAUCAUCAGCAGCAGCAGCAGCAGCAACAAGCAGCCAGGACAACUCUUGUACUUCAGCAUCAACAUCAACAUCAUCGUCAUCCUCCUCCCGAGAACGUGGCAUACGUUCGAGGACUAGCCACUAUCAACGAGCUCGCCUGGGAUAAAAUCGCCAUUCCUUGCGUAUUCGACAGACCUCCACAUCAACACCAGCAUCAGCAUCAACAUCAACAUCAGCAGCAGCAGCAGCAGCAGCGAACAAUUCAUUAUGCAACUGGCCCGCCAGUUCUCUCUCUAAUUCACCGAGAAUCGAUAGCGAGGCCUCGCAAUACUGACGCUAGACUAGGACAACGUAGUUGAUUAUCAUAAAUUUUAAAUCUCGUAGCUCUCAUUUCGCGCGGGCUUAUAUUUUUAAAAUUAAAUCAAAUAGUUAGACUAGACCCGUUCGUUUAAUUUUUAUUUAGUAGAAAAUUUAUUUCUAACUCACUUAGUUCUCUUCGCGUUUUUUUCUUUUACGUGGAAAUUAAUCUAAUAAAUUAUUUUUUAAAAAAUUAAUUCAAUUGCUAAAAAAAUAUAUAUUUAUAUAUAUUAAAAAAAAAAAUAAUAUUAUUGAAAACGAUCGAAAGAUAAUCGUCUUUACAUGGCCCGCUUUUAUAAAAAUGAAAAUUCGUCGACUUGCAUACCCGUCAUUUUAUUCAUCAUUAUCAUUAAAUUUAUUAUAAUUAAGUGCGUGGAAUUUUUUUUAAAAACAAAUAUAAAUAAAUUUCUUAUUAAAGAUACUCAAAUUAGCCGACGUUUAAUAACUUUUGGAUUCUUUGAGAAACGAUAAAUUUAAAAAAAAAUAUUUCAAAAAAUUGCACUUAUAGUUUUUUAAAUUUUCUACAUGUGCAUUUUUUUUUUUUUUUUUUUUUAAUUCAAUUGCCGAAAAAAAAUUUCAAAAUUGUUAAUUGUCCGCUGACUUCAGUAUCGUUAUUCUCAAUCAGUAAUCCAGCACUUGAUAGCAAUGAACAAACUGCCGGUUGCAAGCAAUGAUUAAGUGUUUUAUUUAUUUUUUUUUUUUUUUUUUUUUUUUUUUUUUUUUUUUUUUUUUAAUUAAAAAACACUUCUUAUCUAAAAUUAAAAAUAAAAUUAGAUAAGUGAUAACUCUUAAUCACUAAAAUAAAUAAAUAAAUCAAAAGCCAGGCAGCCGAUCGUCAUUUAGAUGAAUUAUUAAUUGAUUAAUUAAUAAAUUCAAUUAUUUAAACUUAUGACUGUGUCAUUAGCGUCAAUUAGGUAGUAAAUUUUAAUUUUUCACUAGAUAGAUUGAAUUUUUUCAUUAUCUAAUUCAUUUUAAAAUGAUUUAAUCAAGUCGUCAUAAACGAUGACAAUUAACUGAAAUGAUAAAUAUUUAAAAAUAUAUUUAUAGUGACGAUACGGUAAAUAAAAUAUUUAUACACACCCAUACUAUUUAUUUAAACGAUACAGUAUGGAAAAUAUUUACUUAACAUCGAAAUCAUUUUGUUUUUAUUAAUUACACGUUUUAUUUUAUUAUUAAUUCACUAGUAUAAUUUUUAAAAAUGUCUUAAUAUUAUUUGUCUACCGAUCAAAUCAUUUAAAAAAAUUUUUUUUAACCAUUAACGUAAUUAAACAAUGCAUACUUUAUAUAUUUAAUAAUGCAUUAACGUUGUGUUUUAAUGUUUGUCAGUAUUGACAAUCCGUAAACAAUUAAAUGAUCUCUGUAAUUUUACAAUUAAUUAUAAUUAUUUGAAUUAUAAAUAAAGGUAACAUUAAACGUUGACAUAUCACCUCAAAAAUUUUGCGACACCUGUCUCUAUAUAAUUAUUCACUCUUAUAUUUAUUCAUUCAUUAAAUAUUGUUAUCAUUACUAUCGUUUUUAUCAGUAUAUUGGUUUGUACGUACUAUCCAACAGGAUUUUAUAAAUAAAUUGAUUGGUUAUUUAAAUUGUUAUAAAUGAGCGGGAAUGUAGCAGACAUCAGACAAAUUUAAAACUAUAAAUAAAUAGAGUAAAUUAUUUCAAAAAUAAUAUUUAUCAAAAAUGCACUUAUUAAUUGUUAAAUUUUUUUAAUGCGCAUUUUUUUUUUAAUUUUAUUUUAUUAAUUAUUUACUCUAUUUAUUAAUAAUUUUAAAUUUGUUUAUCUGCUGCAGUCACACUCAUUUUUCAUGAUCCUGAAGUUAGUAGACAAUUAACAAUUUUUAGAUUUUUUUUUACAACGAAUCAAUUGAAAAAAAUAUGCACAUGUAGAAAAUUAAAAGAUCUAUAGGUGCAAUUUUUUAAAUAUUUUUUUUUUUAAUUUGUCGUUUUUAAAAAAAAUCCAAAAAUUGUUAGAUGUCGGCUAACUUUAGUAUCAUUAAAAUUUUACAGAACGAAUUGAUGGAAUUUAAAAAUAUAUGAAGUUAUAGAAUAAUAAUAAUCAUGUUAAAUUAAAUAUGUCGACGUCAAGCGAAAAAGCCAAAAUUUUUAACAAAAUUACUUUUAAAUUUUCUAUUAUUAGAGGGGGGGAAUGGAAAUCUUAGAACAGAUUUUUUUUUGAUAAAUUAUUGCAGUGGAAUAACUUAACCAGAAAUUGCUUAAUAAAUAUUUUACUAUUGUCACUUAAAAAUAUAUGAAUUUAUAAAUUAUAAGGUCAUUUGAUCUCAGCAAUUUUACAAAACUUUCAAGUGCGACUUUAAGUUUUGCUCAUCGCAAGCUACAUCUUGAACUACUGCGAGUAAAGUUUAAUUUAUAACCUACGACAAUAGCACAAUAUUUAUUUACAUUUCAUAUUAAACUCAAUAGUCAGCUCUGUAAUUUCGAAAAUUAAUUUAACGAUUGUAUAAUUUUAUGAGUUAUAAUCACAGAAAAUUAUUCUGUCCCACUAAUUACACAUGUCUAUUUAAAAUUGAUUAUUAUUGUUGUAUAAAUUUAUAUAUAUUUAAAUCUUAUCAAUUUGAUUUCAUCAAAAAUUUAAAUGAUAUCAAUCUUUAAGAUGUAUUCAAAAAAAAUAUGUACAAUCCUACGUAAUUAAUUUAAAUUUCAU